AUGACCCUCUCUUGUUGCUAUUUUUCUCCGUCUUGUUUUAACUCCUUUUUUUUUUACUGUCUCAUUUUCUUCGUUUCUUUCUUUUUCAUCGUUGCUGUCAAAAUUUUCUUCCUUUACUUUCUUUCCCCAUUUUUUCUUUAUCUGUUUCAUUCUUUCUUUUUCUCUGAUGCUUUCAUUCUUUCCUACUAUUGCUUUCAAUAUCCGUUACAUUUCUCAAUCUUUCUUUCUUUCUUUCUUUCUUUCUUUUCUUUCUUUCUUUUCUUUCUUUCACAUCCUUUUUCUCUUUUGAUUUCAUUUUCCUUCCGCCGUUGCUUUCUUUAUCCCUUUUUUCUCUUUCUUUCUUUCUUUCUUUCACAUUCUUUUUCUCUUUUGAUUUCAUUUUUCCUUCCGUUGUUUUCUUUAUCCGUUAUUUUUCUUCUUUCUUUCUUUCUUUCUUUCUUUCUUUCUUUCUUUCUUUCUUUCACAUUCUUUUUCUCUUUUGAUUUCAUUUUUCCUUCCGUUGUUUUCUUUAUCCGUUAUUUUUCUCUUUCUUUCUUUCUUUCUUUCUUUCUUUCACAUUCUUUUUCUCUUUUGAUUUCAUUUUUCCUUCCGUUGUUUUCUUUAUCCGUUAUUUUUCUCUUUCUUUCUUUCUUUCUUUUUUUUUCUUUCUUUUCUUUUCUUUUGAUUUCAUUUUUCCUUCCGUUGUUUUCUUUAUCCGUUAUUUUUCUCUUUCUUUCUUUCUUUCUUUCUUUCUUUCUUUCUUUCUUUCUUUCUUUCUUUCAUCUUUUUUCUCCUUUGCUUUCAUUCUUUCCUUCGGUUGCUUUCUUUAUCUGUUUCUUUCUCUUCUUUCUUUCUUCUACUGUUUUUUUCUUUUACUCAGGUGCCAACGAUGCUGUAUCUGAAGCAAACACUCAAGGCUGGCGCCUGCCGGCAAUACUUCCAAAUGCCAAAGAGAAGAACCGGGAAAAUGUCGAGGAAGUGGAAUAUCAAAAAGGGUUACAGGUUACGUUUGAAAACCGAUAG